GCUGGGGAACAGGCUGCCCGGAGCGUGGGCAAGACAGCGUCUGCCCUUCUCCGGACCUCGGCCGGCUCUGCCCCCAACCGUCCUCACGGAGUUCGCGCGGGGGUGAUGGGCAGGUAACAGACGCCCUCCUCACUGUCGUCAGGGAGGCAGCAUGACCGAGUGCUUCCUGCCCCCCACCAGCAGCCCUGGUGAGCACCGCAGGGUGGAGCAUGGCAGUGGGCUCACCCGCACCCCCAGCUCUGAGGAGAUCAGCCCCACUAAGUUUCCUGGAUUGUACCGCACGGGCGAGCCCUCGCCUCCCCAUGACAGCCUCCACGAGCCUCCCGAUAUAGUGUCUGAUGAUGAGAAGGACCAUGGGAAGAAAAAAGGAAAAUUUAAGAAAAAGGAAAAAAGGACUGAAGGCUAUGCCGCCUUUCAGGAAGAUAGCUCUGGAGAUGAAGCCGAAAGUCCUUCCAAAAUGAAGAGGUCCAAGGGGAUCCAUGUUUUCAAGAAGCCCAGCUUUUCUAAAAAGAAAGAGAAGGAUUUUAAAAUAAAAGAGAAACCCAAAGAGGAAAAACAUAAAGAAGAAAAACACAAAGAGGAAAAACAUAAAGAGAAAAAGUCAAAAGACUUGACAGCAGCUGACGUGGUUAAACAGUGGAAGGAAAAGAAGAAAAAGAAGAAGCCAAUUCAGGAGCCAGAGGUGCCUCAGAUAGAUGUCCCGAAUCUCAAACCCAUCUUUGGGAUUCCUCUGGCUGAUGCAGUGGAGAGGACCAUGAUGUACGAUGGUGUUCGGCUGCCGGCCGUCUUCCGGGAGUGUGUGGAUUAUGUGGAGAAGCAUGGCAUGAAGUGUGAAGGCAUCUACAGAGUGUCAGGAAUUAAAUCCAAGGUGGAUGAGCUGAAAGCAGCCUAUGACAGAGAGGAGUCUCCAAACUUGGAAGAGUAUGAGCCUAACACUGUAGCCAGUUUGCUGAAGCAAUACCUGCGGGACCUGCCCGAGAACCUGCUGACCAAGGAGCUGCUGCCCCGCUUUGAAGAGGCUUGUGGGCGGAGCUCGGAGGGCGAGAAGGUGCAGGAGUUCCAGCACCUGCUGGAGGAGCUGCCCGAGUGUAACCGUCUGCUGGUCUCCUGGCUGAUCGUGCACAUGGACCACGUUAUCGCCAAGGAGCUGGAAACAAAAAUGAACAUCCAGAACAUUUCUAUAGUGCUCAGCCCGACUGUCCAGAUUAGCAAUCGUGUCCUAUAUGUGUUUUUCACACACGUGCAAGAGCUUUUCGGAAAUGUGACACUGAAGCAAGUGACGAAACCUCUGCGAUGGUCUAACAUGGCCACGAUGCCCACACUGCCUGAGACCCAGGAGAGCAUCAAGGAGGAGAUAAGAAGACAGGAGUUUCUUUUGAACUGUUUACAUCGAGAUCUUCAGGGUGGGAUAAAGGAUUUAUCUAAAGAGGAAAGAUUAUGGGAAGUACAAAGAAUUUUGACAGCCCUCAAAAGAAAACUGAGAGAAGCUAAAAGACAAGAGUGUGAAACCAAGAUUGCACAAGAGAUAGCCAGUCUUUCAAAGGAGGAUGUUUCCAAAGAAGAAAUGAAUGAAAAUGAAGAAGUCAUAAAUAUUCUUCUUGCCCAGGAGAAUGAGAUCCUGACUGAACAGGAGGAGCUCCUGGCCAUGGAGCAGUUCCUGCGCCGACAGAUCGCCUCAGAGAAAGAAGAGAUGGAACGCCUCCGAGCGGAGAUCGCCGAGAUCCAGAGCCGCCAGCAGCACGGCCGCAGCGAGACCGAGGAGUACUCAUCGGAGAGUGAGAGUGAGAGCGAGGACGAGGACGAGCUGCAGCUCAUCCUGCAGGACCUGCAGCGGCAGAAUGAGGAGCUGGAGAUCAAGAACAACCACCUGAACCAGGCAAUUCAUGAGGAGCGUGAGGCCAUCAUCGAGCUGCGGGUGCAGCUCCGCCUGCUCCAGCUGCAGCGCGCCCGGCCUGAGCCCCAGGCCGAGCCCGAGCCCGUCACCAGGGAGCUGCCCCCGGGUGGCAAGGAGCAGCCCCGGCCUUCACCCGGCAGGGACAGGAAGGAAACGUCCAUCUGAGCGCCACCUGCCUGCCCGGAGCAGCGGCCUGGAGCCCCAUCAGCGCUGCCUCCACUGUCCCCACUGUAAAGACGCCUCCUCCAUGUGGGCGGUGCUCAGCGCAGGUGACAGGAGGACAGAGCAGCACGCGGUGCGGGCUUGUUGGGCACAGAUGAGUUUCCAGCUAGUGUCAGCUUCUUUGAAGAUUAAUUUCCUUUGUUAACUUAAAGUAACUUUUAACCCUUGAGUGGCUUCUUUUUAAACCAAAAAUCGUCUUUCUUUCCUUUUUAUUACGGCAGAAUCAGGAUUUUUCUCUCGUUCAAGGGGGAACCAAACAAGGCAGCCCCACUCCUGCCCGUGCCGUGUCCCCUUCCAGGGUCUCUGCUGCCCGCCAUUCUCGCCUGUGCCUUCAUGCCUCCGCAGUGCAGAUUCUGUCCUGGGAGCCGCCUCACAUUUCCCGACUGGCCUGAGUGGCUCUCACGGGGGUGACCUUCCCUGCCCCACACCCCGGGCCCAAGUCACUACAGCAGCCUGUGCAGCCACAGACACAGCUGCCCCGGAGCCUGCCUGCCGGCCAGGGUCACCACAGCCGCCCGGCUCCUGCCGCCUGGGGUCAGCAGAUGCUUGUCGCUGGGUCGUGGGAGUGGCUGCCCAGACCUGGGUCAUCCACACAGAGGAUUUGUUUCUCCAACCUGCCACUAGAACAUAACGUUGUGGGUUGCUUGCUUGGGCUAGAAUGUAAGCAUCUCUUUGCCUGAAUAAGCCAUAUGGAUGGGUAGCUAUGCUCUUACACAUGAUUUCAGAUGUCAGUGUCCACAGGGGCUGGGUGAACUGCUGCUGGGUGCCCAGUUGACCAGGCUGAGCGAUAGAUGGCUUUCCUCUGGGGUCAGCCGUAGUCCUGACCCCACCACGUCUCUGGCAACCCGAGGUGUCUGGGAGGCCGGCUUGUAGGCACGUGGUCCAGUCCUGCUGUGUCCGAGUCAGUGGCUUCACGAGGUUGUCGGCUCUCACGGCUGUGAAGACAAACCCCACACACUCAAGGUGAUGGAAACACCCCCUGCCCCCGAGGGCUCUGUCCUCUCCUCCUGGUUAGUAUUUAUUUUCAGCACCUGUUUAAUGCGGUUUUUUAUUCUCUACCUAUUGCACUGUUGUGACUUGUUGGCCAUUAUUUGAUUUUUGUACGAAAAAAGCUUUGUUAUAGAAAUCAGCAUACUAUUUUUUUAAAUCCGGAGAGAAGAUAUUACGGUGACUGAAAAUACAGUCAGGUGUCAAAUAUAAGUGUAUAAAAAGCCUUCUUGCCGUCCUGUCGGUCAUGUUACAUUCAUUUUAUAUUUGCUGGCAAUAUUGAAGGGAUUCUUUUAUGUUAAAACUCUCAUUUCUAUCACAGUGUCAUGAAUUUUUAAAAUUAGUAUUUCAUCACAGUUGUCUCAGUGUUAACUAAUUUUUGCCAGGACCAUUAUUGAUCAAGCAAAUAAAUUCAACAGCCAUUUGAGGAAAAAAAAAUUCCACUUU